AUGAAAAUGACCUCGAGUCAGCCCGUUCGAGCGACAGCAAGCUCCGUCUGGGCAAUUCUUGGUGUGGUAUUAUUGCUGUUGAAUGGAGUUCGUCGCUGUGUACCAGUUGCGCUGCAACCCUUCUCCCAAGGUUUGGGACCUGCAGGUUGGUGUGCGUAUGUCUUGUCUGGACUAUUCUUCAUCUAUGCAGAGGGGUACCGUGGAUUCCAGCAAAAGUUUUCACCGUUGGUGGUGCGGAGAGCAUUGCUGCUCGACCGUCAGCAGCCGGUUCUCCGACAGGUGCUUGCGCCCGCGUAUGCCAUGGCUUUUUUCCAUGCCAACAAGAAGCGCAAGGCGGUUCUCUAA